AUGGGUGCUAGCUUCUCCUCUCCUGAAGGGACUCAACAUAUUGGUAGGCCGAGACAAGAGCUCAGUGACCGCCUCACUAUCACUGGUCUAGGUUCUGCAUGGCCCGAACUCCUUGUUAGCACUCAGGAUCUUCGAGAGUAUGCUGAGAGCAUCUAUCCAGCAGACUCUCCAUGGUUACAGAAGCUUCUUACUGUGAACGCCCAGACUGGCGUGAAGACGCGGGCCGUCCUCGAAUGCUGGAAUGAUCCCAUGUGGCGAGGACCAGUUCCUCCCACCAUCGAGCAGGUUCAUGAGGCUUUUGAUAAAUACGCGCCUCCGUUGACUGCAGAAGCUGCUCGUAAAGCCCUCAAGGAAAGCAGUAUUGAAGCAUCAGCUAUUACCCACAUGGUCUCGGUAACGGCAACAAAUUGCAAAUGCCCUGGAUACGAUCAUCUUGUUGCCAAGGAACUAGGGAUCUCAGGAGAUGCCGAGAGAUCCCUCAUUGCCGGGUCAGGGUGCGCAGGAGGACUAGCCGCUCUACGAGUCGCCAACAGCAUGGCGUGCGCUUCCUCUCUUCGUGGUCGGCCAGCGCGUAUUCUCGUCGUAGCAUGUGAGCUCAGCAGCAUUAACCUUCGCGCUGAACUUGAAGCCGCACACAAGUCUGGGAAACUUCGAAUCGGCGCUGCCCUUUUCAGUGAUGGUGCGGCAGCCGUUGUACUGUGUAACGACAUCGCUCUAACCGAGAAAAUGCCCCGUCUUUUUACCGUCGCCGACUGGUGCCAGAACGUGUCCUCCCAGACUUACGAGGAAGUCUCUGUCACAACUGUGUCCCAGGGUUUCUUAGUCUACCUAUCAAGAAAUCUCCCUAAGCAUGCCGCUGCCGCUGUACACCGGCCCCUUCAACGACUCUUUGGCCAUAAGGACCUGCCCUCGCCUACGAAAUGCGACUGGGCCUUGCAUGCGGGUGGUGCAGCUAUCAUCCAAGGUGUGGCAAAGGCCGUAGACAUUCCUGACCAUCAGCUCCGUGCAACAAGCGCCGUCUAUAGUACCAGAGGAAAUACAGCCAGCGUGACGGUGCUUGCCGUUCUUGACAAGUUACGGACGAUGGGUCCCGGCACUGAAGACGUCGUUGUCUGCAGCUUUGGUCCGGGUUUAACUGUUGAAAUGGCACGGCUUAAGAGGCACUGUUAA